AUGGAUGAGUUGAAGGCUCAGGGAAAGGUUCCUUUUGGUAUCUUUCCUGUCAUGGAAUCCGAUGGAAAGAUUCUCUCGCAAACUCAAGCUUGCGCCACUUUUGUUGGCAAAUUAGGUGACAUGUACCCAAGCAACGAUGAUCCUUUUGCCCAAGCCGAUUGCGGUGAGAUCAUCAAUGGGUGCACCGAUGUCGCUCUCACUUUUAUUGCCACCUUCCGUGUGGAAGACAAAAAGACAGCUCGUCAAAAGCUCAUGAGCCCCAAGGAUGGACGUCUCUACAUGCUCUGGUUCAACGGUGGAACAAUCGACCAUGUCCCCAUUGACUGGAUCGGGACAUCCUUCCCCAACCUCAAGAAGAUCUACGACAACGUCGAGAGCAAUGAUAAGAUUCAAGCCUUCAAGAAGGAAUACUACCCAGGCAAGAACUAA